ACUGUUUGGGGAGAUUGCUCCUUUACUUCCCCAAAUCACUUCGGAUUUUGGAAACCAGUAGAGAGAAGAAAGAGGUAUAGCAAGAGCUCCAGAGAAGUCGAGGAAGAGAGAGAGACGGGGUCAGAGAGCGCGCGCGGGCGAGCGAGCAACGACAGGGACAGGGGCAAAGUGAGUGACCUGCUUUUGGGGGUGACCGCCAGAGCGCGGCGCGAGCCCUCCCCCUCGGGAUCCCGCAUCGGACCAGCAGCGCUGACGGACAGACAGACAGACACCGCCCCCCGCCCCAGCUCCCACCUCCUCCCCGGCCGGCGGCCGAGGGUGGACGCGGCGGCGAGCCGCGGGCAAGAGCCGGAGCCCGCGCCUGGAGGCGGGGUGGAGGGGGUCGGGGCUCGCGGCGUUGCAGUGAAACUUUUCGUCCAACUUCUGGGUUGUUCCCGCUCCGGAGGAGCCGUGGUCCGCGCCGGGGCAGCCGAGCCGAGCGGAACCGGGAGAAGUGCUAGCUCGGGCCGGGAGGAGCCGCAGUCCGAAGAGGGGGAGGAGGAAGAAGAGAAGGAAGAGGAGAGGGGGCCGCGGUGGCGACUCGGCGCUCGGAAGCCGGGCUCAUGGACGGGUGAGGCGGCUGUGUGCGCAGACAGUGCUCCAGCCGCGCGCGCGCCCCAGGCCCUGGCCCGGGCCUCCGCUCGGGGAGGAAGAGGAGACCGCCUAGGCGCCGAAGAGAGCGGGCCGCCCCGCAGCCCGAGCCGGAGAGGGAGCGCGAGCCGCGCCGGCUCCGGCCGGGCCUCCGAAACCAUGAACUUUCUGCUCUCUUGGGUGCAUUGGAGCCUUGCCUUGCUGCUCUACCUCCACCAUGCCAAGUGGUCCCAGGCUGCACCCAUGGCAGAAGGAGAGCACAAACCCCACGAAGUGGUGAAGUUCAUGGACGUGUACCAGCGCAGCUACUGCCGUCCCAUUGAGACCCUGGUGGACAUCUUCCAGGAGUAUCCUGACGAGAUUGAGUACAUCUUCAAGCCAUCCUGCGUGCCCCUGAUGCGGUGUGGGGGCUGUUGUAAUGACGAGGGCCUGGAGUGCGUGCCCACCGAGGAGUUCAACAUCACCAUGCAGAUUAUGCGGAUCAAACCUCAUCAAGGCCAGCACAUAGGGGAGAUGAGCUUCCUACAGCACAGCAAAUGUGAAUGCAGACCAAAGAAAGAUAGAGCAAGGCAAGAAAAAAAAUCAAUUCGAGGAAAGGGAAAGGGGCAAAAAAGAAAGCGCAAGAAAGCCCGGUAUAAACCCUGGAGCGUUCCCUGUGGGCCUUGCUCAGAGCGGAGAAAGCAUUUGUUUGUACAAGAUCCGCAGACGUGUAAAUGUUCCUGCAAAAACACAGACUCGCGUUGCAAGGCGAGGCAGCUUGAGUUAAACGAACGUACUUGCAGAUGUGACAAGCCCAGGCGGUGAGCCGGGCUGGAAGAAGGAGCCUCCCUCAGGGUUUCGGGAACCAGACCUCUCACCAGGAAAGCCUGAUUCAGAACGCUACAGAAACCACACCGCCGCCACCACCACCACACCAACCAUCGCCAUCACCAGAACAAUCCUUAAUCCAGAAACCUGAAAUGAAGGAAGAGGAGACUCUGCGCAGAGCACUUUGGGUCCGGAGGGCGCGACCCCGGCAGAAGCAUUCCCGGGCAGGUGACCAAGCACGGUCCCUCUUGGAAUUGGAUCGCCAUUUUAUUUUUCUUGCUGCUAAAUCACCGAGCCCGGAAGAUUAGAGAGUUUUAUUUCUGGGAUUCCUGUAGACACACGCACCCACAUA